CCAGAGGGCGGGGAGGCGACCGGAGAGAGCCGAAGAGAAGUGCAGGCGUAAGAGAGCCAAGGGGAGGGAGGAGGAAGGAUGGACGUAUUUCCGCUCCGGCGGACAAUUACUGGCCAAAGGGGAGAAGACUAGUACUCCUGGCCCCUUUAACUGAGUGGGGAAUAGAAGGAAAAAAGUGCGGAGGAAAGGGUAGUAUCUUACCCCUUUAAUUUUACACAACACACACGCUUUUUUCCCUCUAGCUACCUCCCGGAGCAGCUGCCGCCGGGCUGGGGGGGGAAGGGAGGAGGGGAGCAAAGCUGCGCGCUCUGGGUCCAGACAGCCCAGCGCGACCCUCCCUAGCUCGCCCACGCGGAGCCGGAGUCGCGCUGCAAACCGCGCGCACGGGCGCGCACGUUCCUGCGCCUGCGCGUCAGUCAGACCUGCCAGUGCGUGGUGGCUGCCGCCGGCCCCCAAGGGGGGGUGGGAGAAUUAAAGAAAAAAAACUGCGCGUGGAACAGAUCUAGGGAAUUCUCCCAGCACAUCCAGUACCAUGGCAUCUGGAGUAGAAGUCUUGCGAUUCCAGCUCCCAGGGCACGAGGCUGCCACCCUUCGAAACAUGAACCAACUCCGGGCAGAAGAGCGCUUUUGCGAUGUCACCAUCGUGGCCGACAGCCUCAAGUUCCGUGGCCACAAGGUAAUCUUGGCGGCCUGCUCCCCAUUUCUUCGUGACCAGUUUCUUCUCAAUCCCAGUUCAGAGCUACAGGUCUCGCUAAUGCACAGUGCCAGAAUAGUGGCAGACCUCCUCCUCUCCUGCUAUACUGGGGCUCUGGAGUUUGCCGUCCGUGACAUUGUCAACUAUCUGACUGCUGCCUCCUAUCUGCAAAUGGAGCAUGUAGUAGAAAAAUGUAGAAAUGCCCUGAGCCAAUUCAUUGAACCCAAGAUUGGCCUAAAAGAGGAUGGAGUAAGUGGAGGGAUUGGAUUGACUGGGCUCAGCUCCACCAAGUCACUCCUUCCACCCGCUCGAACCCCAAAGCCAGCUCCCAAACCUCCACCGCCACCUCCUCCACCGUCUCUUCUCCGACCAGUGAAGCUAGAAUUCCCCCUAGAUGAGGACCUUGAGCUAAAAGCAGAGGAAGAGGAAGAAGAUGAAGAAGAGGAUGUGUCAGAUAUCUGUAUUGUCAAGGUGGAAUCAGCAUUGGAAGUGGCACAGAGGCUUAAACCCCCGGGAGGCAUUGGAGGGAGCCUUGGUCUUGGAGGGAGCCUUGGUCUUGGGGGGAACCUUAGCCUUGGAGGGGGUCUUGGUCUUGGAGGGAGUAGUGGACUUCUUAUCAAUGAAGUUGGAGAAACAAUUGAUGCCCCUGAUGAAAGCACAGCCCCCCAGGGGGUGGUGAAGGCCUGCUACAGCCUCACAGAAGACACAGAAGGGGAAGGUCUGUUGCUGUUUCCUGGAGGUCAAGUAGGGGAGGGCAUUACUCUUGGACUGGGAGAUGAAGCCCUAGCAGCAGCCACUAUGUCCCGGAGCAGUGGAGUUAGUGGGAGUUAUGGGGGCAUGAGGAGCCCCAUACCAGGGGCCUCCCCAGUGGGAAACCCACUGAAGAACAUCAAGUGUACCAAAUGCCCAGAAGUGUUUCAAGGUGUGGAAAAACUUGUGUUCCACAUGAGAGCCCAGCACUUCAUCUUUAUGUGCCCUCGAUGUGGGAAGCAGUUCAACCAUAGCAGCAACCUCAACCGUCACAUGAAUGUCCACCGAGGUGUCAAAUCACACUCCUGUGGUAUUUGUGGCAAAUGCUUCACUCAGAAGUCUACCCUACACGACCAUCUCAAUCUUCAUUCUGGGGCUAGGCCCUACCGUUGUUCUUACUGUGAUGUGCGAUUUGCCCAUAAACCCGCCAUUCGACGCCACCUUAAGGAGCAGCAUGGAAAGACCACAGCAGAGAAUGUCCUUGAUGCUAGUGUGUCAGAGCUCAAUGCUCUACUUCACUAGCUGAAGGAGGGACAACUAGGGAAGGGUAUCAGGUGAAGUCAGGAGAUUGCUGAUAAAAAGGGGUGGUGAAAGAGCCUCUCUCCCUAAGGGGUGGAAGUAUGAAGGAGGAAAAGGGCUUUUCUGUUUCCAGGAGAAACCUGGGGUUGAAGGCUGAGACAUUACAAAAAAAACAACUACUUAGGUCUUCCUAAGGGAAUAAGAAGAGGUUAGACAUUGCUAGGGGGAUUAACAAACCUUUCCUUGGGAUGAUGAGGAAAGAAAAGAUUCCUGUAUUCUAUAAUAAAAGGGCCCAGGAAAGAGGGAAGACUCUUUUCUGGAAGAAGUAAAUUACCAGCUUGAGGAUAUUGUUCAUAAUGUAAGUAGUAAAAGAGGGAAUAUAGAAGAUGGUUUUAUUAUAGACUAAGAAAGCUAUAGAGAAGACAAUUCAGUUGGGGUAGGGCGGGUGGGAAUUGGGAGGGAAUCUUACCAAAGCUACACCUGUCCUGGGUGGGAAUAGAGCAGGGGAAACCUCUUAAAUUCUUGGGAGAGCAACUGUUAAGACAAUUCAGUUGGGGUAAAACGGGUGGGAAUUGGGAGGGAAUCUUACCAAAGCUACACCUUUCCUUGGUUGAGAAUAGAGCAGGGGAAACCUCUUAAAUUCUUGGGAGAGCAACUGUUAUGAGGAGAAGGUUAUCAAAUCCCAAGGAGAAAGGGUAGAGGUGGGGGUUUUUUGUUUGUUUUUUGCAUACUGGGGAGGGGGAUGGAAAAGGGACAGGAUGGGCUUUUGUUUCAAGAGGCAAAAAGUGACAAAUGUGUCAAAAAAUGAAAAGGGAAGAUGAAUAGAAGAAAGGAGGAAAAUGAAGUUAGUAAGGAUUGGGUAGAGGAUGUGGGGGAAAGAGGAAUAUACCUAGUAAAGGGCUCUUGGGUUGGGAAGAGGGAGGGAGGGAAGCAAAAGGGGAGGGAAAAGGAGGGUGUGAUAGAGAUGGGUAUUAUUUUUUAAGGAAACAUUUUUCAAGAGUUUUCUGGAAUCUGAGGUCUGUUUCUGCUUUUAUUUCCCACAAAAUAAAAAAAAGGGUUUUUUCUUUA